GCGCAGGCCAGCUUAGAAGAGAUAUCACCAAGCGGGCAAGCAGUUAAGUAGUACGCACAAGAACUUGAUUUCUAGCAGGCAAUCAAGCCUGUCUGCCCCUGUCUUGCGAACACUCCCCGUUCAUCCAACACCUGAGCUGGAUGGCAGUACCCAGAACGGGCAGGGUUAGUUCCAUAAGCAUCCCACUUUUGCAUCCCCCGCCCUUGAUACGCCUAGAGCACUGGUGGUCAGUGGCAAUUGAUGUAUUCAGUUUGGAGGCAACUCUAGGCCCCGGGUUUUAAAUGGUGGAGAAAGCGGGAUGACGCCGAUGUUAUCUUCGUAUCAUUAUUAGCGGGGCAUCCCAAACGAACCUCUGUUGUGUAUCGAAUUAAAAUAUCGAGGCCUACUAUCUACCGUCCACGCAUUGUUUUCUGUCUUGAACACGGCCAACCAAACCACCAAAUCCAUUGUUAAAUAUCAUGACUACAGCAGCACAACCACGAUCAGGCCUCGGCCCUUUCUACAAAUGCGACCCGGCCAUGAUCCUGGGUGAAGCCCCCAUCUAUCGUGCCAGCGACUCCACCCUGCAUUGGGUGGACUGUUUCUCCGAACCUGCAGAGCUACAUAUCUUGCAUGUCGACCCAGAUACCGGCGCUGCACAGGGCAAAGCCCGCGUGUUAAAACUCCAGGACAGCGUCUCAGUUGCGUGUUUCCGCCAAGGGAAACCUGGCAGUUACAUCGCGGGCUACUAUCAGGGCAUAUGCUUUAUUGACGAGGAGACGGGGAAGUUUGAGAUUCUCAAAGAAAUCGUCCCAACAGACCAGAGGGACGAGUUCCGCCUCAACGAUGGAGGGAUAGAUGCCAAAGGCCGUUUUUGGGUGGCGGAGAUCGAUAAGAAAGCCAUGGCGUAUGGGGUGGGCAAGCUGCCGGCCAGUUAUGGCGAACCUCAGGGUAAAGUGUGGCGGUACGACCCCGACGGAAGCCUGCAGUCGAUGGACAAGGGGUUUAUCUGUGGGAAUGGGUUGGCAUGGAGUCCAGAUAAUAAGACAAUGUAUAUCAACGACUCCGUAGGUAUGCUUACAUAUGCCUAUGACUUCGACCUUGAAUCUGGAAGCAUCUCCAACAAGCGCAUUUUCAUCGACCAUCGAGCUGCGACUGGAGAGCCAGAUGGUAUGGUUGUAGACACGCAAGGAAACCUCUGGGUAGGCGUCUACAACGCCGGCCGCAUCAUGGUCUUCAGCCCAGAUGGCAAACGUCGCAAAGACAUCCCCUUGACCGCACAAAACGUGACCUGCACAACCUGGGGAGGGUGCAACUGGGACCUCAUCUUCGCCACGACGGCGCAAAAUCCCGAUGCGCAGGGGUCCGAGGUGGACGAUGGCGGGCAUAUGUUUUUGUAUAAACCCGAGGACGGGAGUAAGGGCCAGGCGAAGCUGGAGUUUGCGGGCUGAUAUACGGUUAGCUAGCUCUGUUUGACCCCUGAAUGGUUUAUUGAGCAGCUGAUAGGUACAGUUGAGUAUUUUGCUCUUCAUGUUAUUAGAAUGGAGGGAUCGGGGAUUUAUCCUGGCUUGAUUUUAAUUUCAACCCGCACCCUACUAGGAUUUAACACCGGAAUUCAAGAAAGGGGGAGCAGAAGAACAUUUCUAGGAAAGGAUAAAGCAGCAAUCGGUGCAGAGCAUAUAUGCUAGGGUAUAGCAAUAUCCUAGGCUAAACAUCAUUUCAAAAUAUGAAAUAGUAUUGUGUACAAAGUUAUUAUAAUAGCCCAGAAGCAUGAAUUUUAAAAUCCGUUAAGUGUAGUACAUAGUAUCAAUGACAUAUAAGAACCUCAGCAAACAAAAAUGCCAAAAUGGAAGAAGAAAAAG